CAAGUAUUGCUGUUGCCGGGUUGCUCCAAUCCCAACCGCUAUUACGUCUAGGGGCUUCUGCUGUUGACUUAGGUGACUUUGCCCCACAAGGUUCUUCUGUAGACUUGAAUUUUCAAUAUCUACCAUAUCGCAAAUAUAACAAUCAUGAUGCUAUCGCAAAAGAACGUUGUUAGGGCUUGUGCUCAGCGGCGAGCAGUCAAAGUGUCGGCUCGCGUUGGCACGGCGGUGCGCACCAUGCGCGCCGCGAUGCCCGCCCUACCCAGCCACCUGGUCAGCACGUUCUCCAACGCGGCUGCUUUGAAGGGCAAGGUCGCCUUAGGCAACGCUCGGAUGUCGCGAAUUGUUGGCGGUGGCGCGAAGGCCUACAAGAGGAGUGCGCCUCGUAUGUGCGGAAUUAUCGGCAUUUUUAAAUACGAGGGCAACGCCAACGUCGAGCUGUAUGAGGGCUUGCUCAUGCUGCAACAUCGCGGCCAGGAUUCCGCGGGUAUGGUAACCACCGACUGGUCACGCUUCAAGGAGCACAAGGAGAACGGUCUGGUGAAGGACGUGUUCGGGAAGCAGGAGCUCAUGGACUCUAUGAAGGGCCACUGCGGUAUCGCGCACGUGCGCUACCCCACCGCCGGCUCCUCCUCCGCGCAGGAGGCGCAGCCCUUCUUCGUCAACUCGCCGCUGGGCAUCUACCUCAUCCACAACGGCAACCUGACCAACACGGAGGAGCUGCGCGGGCUGCUCAACUCCUCGCGCUCCUUCUUCAACCGCCACCUGCGAACGGACAGCGACAGCGAGGUGCUGCUCAACAUCCUGGCGGAUGAGGUGCACCGGGCGCACCAGCGCUGCCUGCAGACCACGGGUUGCGACCCCAACAAGAACAAGGUGAACUUCCUGUUCGAGGCGGGCGAGAUGACCAUGCGGCUGUGCAAGGGCGCCUACAGCUGCAUCUCGCUGGUCAAGGGGGUGGGACUGGUGGCGUUCAGGGACCCCUGGGGCAUCCGCCCGCUGGUUCUGGGCAAGCGCCCCAGCCCUCAGGGCGACGAGUGGUGCAUUGCCAGCGAGGACUGCGCGUUCGGGCCCAUCGGCUUUGAGCGCGUGCGCGAUGUGCAGCCGGGCGAGAUGGUUGUGAUCACGGAGGAGGGCAAGCUCAUGAGCAGGCAGUGCGCGCAGGGCUCCGCCACUCCCUGCAUCUUCGAGUACAUCUACCUGGCGCGCCCCGACUCGGUGCUCAACGGCAUCCCCGUCUACAACUUCCAACUCAAACUGGGAACCGCGCUGGCCAAGAGGAUCAAGGAGCGCAACUGGGACCUGGACAUCGUGUGCCCGGUGCCGGACGGCAGCCGCCCCGCCGCCAUCCAGAUCGCCUCGGAGCUGGGGCUGCCGUACCGGGAGGGCCUGGUGAAGAACAGGUACGUGGGUCGCACCUUCAUCAUGCCCGACCAGCGCAUGCGCGAGAUGUCGGUGCGGCGCAAGCUGAACGCCAUGCCGGCGGUGUUCGAGGGCAAGAGCGUGCUGCUGAUCGACGACUCCAUCGUGCGGGGGACAACCAUGACGCAGAUUGUGGACAUGGUCCGCCGCGCGGGAGCCCGCAAGGUGUACCUCGCCUCCGCCUCCCCGCCCGUGGUGUUCCCCAACGUGUACGGAGUGGACAUGCCCACACGCAAGGAGUUCGUGGCCAACGGGCUCACCAUUGACCAGGUGUGCGAGGUGCUGCGAGCCGACGGUCUGAUCUACCAGGAGGUGGAGGACCUGAUUGCCAGCGGCAAGGAGCUCAACCCGGACAUCAAGGACUUUGAUGCCUCCUGCUUCAACGGCAGGUACGUGACGGGCGACAUCGACGAGGCGUACCUCCACAAGCUGGAGAUGUCGGGUCGUGGGGCCAACCGCCGGGCGACGCAAAUGGUGUCGCUGGUUGGGGACCGCAGCAUGGUGGCUACGGCGUAAGAGAUGAGGUUGGGGAGAAGCAGAAGAAGGG